CUGGGCUCUGUCCCCGAAUCUGAUCAGCCCCAGGUUUCCGGUUUCCAAUUUCUACUCUUCAAGUCAGCAGCGACAUGGAUCAAGUCGCUCAAUUGUGGCGGAUCAACGAACACUUUUGCCGGGUUACAAUUUGCACUGGCUGAUUGCAAUGCCACCGGCAUAUACCUAUUGUCGGACGGCCGACCGGAUCAGGAUCCACGCUCGAUUCUGUUGAGCAUGCAGCUGAAUCAUCCGCUUCCAAUUCACACAGUCAGUUUCAAUUGUUCGGAUCCGGAGGCCAAUCAAUUUUUGAAACAGUUGGCUCAAAUAACUGGUGGAAGAUUUCAUUGUUUCUCACAUGAACCACGUCAUCCAGCUGAUGCGGAUCCAUGGGAACUACCUGAGGAUACACUAAUUGUCAGGUGUGAGUCGGAGUACUUGGAAUUAACUGCUCCCAACGAACAACCGAAAACCGCUGCACAGGAUCCCGGUUCUGUAUUAUUUCACGUCCUUAAUCCAACCCUGAUGAACUCCAAAGAAAUUGGUCGGGAAAAAUCAGUCAAAAAUGCCAAAGUGCAACCCAAGACCACAACGAACGAUGCGUAUUAUUCACUACUGAACGCUUUGUGCCAAAAAGCCGCCACCAGUGAUUCGGAAGAAUUCGUUCUGGUAGAAACGAAAGAACUUCUGGACAGACAAGCUCGUCGAUACGAACAGGCAGUCAAAACUGAACUGAAACAGGCACAAAAGGCGCGUGAAUCGGUUAAACGAACUGAACCCGAACUGCCAGAACCACUUUCCAUCCCCACUUGGAUUGCACGAUAUGGUCUGCGUGCGCAAGAACUGCGUCCCUUGGAUCUAAUUGCCCCGGUCGCUGUACCCCUACGAUUCACAUUUAUUCCGGUACUGAAACGGCGCAUCACGUCUGAAGUUUUACGACAAACUAUGCCAUUGGCUGUGAUUAGCAAAACAAAACCAUCCGGACAACCAAAAGUUCGUUUGGUCAAUCCUCAAGCCAUCGACUUUGCCAAAUACGAACGUGAUCUGGGAUUCGCGUUGAAACGGAUUGAAGGACAAUUGGUGAAAAUUAUUUCGGAAUUCCUGAACAGGCAACAUCAACAGCGUCUUCGUUCACUUACCGGUUUGGGUGACAUUUCACGAUGGCGUAAUCGUCUAUGCUGGUAUCAGCAUCGGGAAGUCAUUUUGGAUGUCUUCCGCCAGUCGGGUUGGCCUUUUCCACCAGAUGAGCUUCGACGCCUCACCAAAGAAUUAGACAAGGUGAGUGAUCAGUGA